CGUUGUUUCGCUUUGCAGGCAGGGGCACCGAAGUGUCAAAACGAAUUCCUUUUAUUACAGCUAAACGAUUCCCAGAGCCACGACAGUCCAGUCGCCGAAUCGACCAAUGCGGAUGGGUUUGUUAGUCAACCAUUUUAUCUACAAAUGUGACUCGGUUUAACUAUAUAGCGAUAGUGAUAAACGACUACUCGCAGGCCUCUAUAGUUCCAGCCGACAGGAACAACAGUGGGCCACGGACCGAGGUUGUGUUGAUGGGAAGAAGGGAGGGUUGUGUUGAUGGGAAGAAGGGAGGGUUGUGUUGAUGGGAAGAAGGGAGGGCUGCAUCAUGGAAGUUGUGCUCUCUGCCACCUAGGGUUCGAUUCGUACAGAAUGUGAUGAAUCGCAAUAGAAUUCUGGAUAUCCACCAAGUCGAACCGAAGAGCCAUGAACUAGUUUACAUGUGGUGUGUCAACAACUAACAUACUCGGACUGACAGAAUGAACGGCCCUCAGCAGAAUGACGCAAAGAGACAACACCUGCUGGAGCGGCUGCUUGACUCUGUCAAACAGUGCCAAAUCCGCUUUGGAGGAAGAAAGGAGAUCGCCUCAGAUUCCGACAGCAGGGUAAUCUGUUUGUGUGCCCAGUUUGAGGCUGUCCUCCAGCAUGGCCUGAGGAAGAACAGAGGCCUGGCUCUCACUGCUGCUGCCAUAAAGCAAGCCGCAGGCUUCACCAGCAAGACUGAAGCAGAGCUGACGUUCUGGUUCUAUGUGAAGGAGUAUCUGAACCGCCAUGAGCUGCAGCGGUUCUACUCCCUGAGACACAUCUCCUCUGAGUUGGGCCGCGGCCGAGCCUGGCUACGCUGUGCCCUCAAUGAACACUCACUAGAGCGCUACCUACACACGCUGCUUGCAGACCACAUGCGCCCCGGCACCUUCUAUGAAGACUGGGCGUUUAUUCUGGAUGAGGAGCGAGCCAGCAUGCUGCCCACCAUGGCUGCCGGACUAAACUCCAUCCUGUUUGCCAUCAACAUCGAUAAUAAGGACCUAAAUGGUGUGAUCCGAGCAGGCGGACCCUCCUCCGUGAGCCUCCUCCUGAAGGAGUCCACCCAGGGCAUAGGGAGCUUAUGGAAGGAGUCUACCCAGGGGGUGAGCACUCUGCUCAGGGAGAUCAGCACCGCCACCACUGUGGUGCCAGGCUUCACCCCCACCCACCGCCCUGACGGCUCCACAGACCCACUGCCUGUCCUGCCCCGCAGCGCCUCCGCAGACUUUGGCCUGAGGAAGGAGCGACGGAGGAAAAAGAAAAUCACCAACAUCAUCUCUUUCGAUGACGACCUGGAUGGGGGAGACGAGGAUGAGGAGGUGGGGGGGAGUACUGCCACUCUCAGGAAGAGCACCACUGCUCCUCAGGUCAGUCUGGAGGAGGGCACUGACCCACUGGAGGCCUCCUUCUCCCUCUCGCCUCCCCAGAACGGGAUUCCCGAGCCUGGGAUAGUCAGCUGGGCCGGGUCUCCUCCUUUCUCCAGGGCUCUGCCAGACUCCAAGAUUAUUGCUAAUGAUGAGGAAGAGGAGGUGUACAAGAGCAGACCACAGCUACAGAGCCGCCUCCAUGACAGGGCCAGCACUAAUCAAGUGGUGGUGGGGAGCCUAUCCAGUGUGUCCACGUGUAGCCCUCUGCAGGCCAUGACUGAUCAUGACAGUUCAAACAUCCUCAUUCCUGUGGCCUCCAGCCACUCCUACUCUCAGCCAGUCAGUUCAGUGGAGGAUACGGUUGCAUUUCCUGUACAGACAGAUUCCACAGGCGACCACGAGACAACCAGAACCCAGCUGCAGUUCAACUUGGAGGCCAGCCCGCCUGUCCAGAAUGCACCUCUCUCCAGUGUCCUGCCCAGUGCCACCCCCGGUCUACCAGAGUCCAUGACAGUGGUGGAGCUCCGCCAGGCCAUAGUAGCCAUGAUGAACAGGAAGGAUGAGCUGGAUGAACACAACAUGUCCCUGCGCAGCCUGCUGGAUGGGGAGAUGGAGCACUCUGCAGGGCUGAGGCAGGAGACAGACACCCUGAGGAGACGCCUGGAUGAGCUGGAGGAGAGACACACAGCCAAGGUGCAGGCUCUGGGCAGAGAGAACGAGGUCCUCAAGGUCCAGCUGAAGAAAUAUGUGGGGGCUGUUCAGAUGCUGAAGAGAGAGGGGAGCCAGGGCAAUGACACCGCUCUCCCCAUGGUGAGGAACUGGGAUGGUUCUACUCUGGCCCCUCAGAGCAGGUCUAUGGGGGAUGUGGAGGAGCUGGCUGCCAGCUACGAACGCAAACUCAUAGAGGUGGCUGAGAUGCAUGGCGAGUUGAUAGAGUUCAAUGAGCGUCUGUACCGUUCUCUAAUGGCCAAGGACCACCUCAUCAUCCAGAUGAAACAGGAACUCAUCGACCUCAGAGGACCAGUUCCUGGUGACCUGAGCCAGACUUCUGACGACCCCAGCCUAUCAGAUUUUGAGACGGCUCACCGUGCUCUAAUCAAUGUCUGGAUUCCCUCUGUGUUUCUGCAAGGCCGCGCUGCCAACGCUUACCAUGUAUACCAGGUGUACAUCCGUAUCCUGGACAACGAGUGGAAUGUCUACAGACGCUACACAGAAUUCCGGGCGCUCCACAACCACUUACGCUCACAAUUCCCACAGGUCGACACCUUCAGCUUCCCACCCAAGAAAGCCAUAGGGAACAAGGAUGCCAGGUUUGUAGAGGAGCGUAGGAAACAGCUGCAGUCGUAUCUGAGGAUGGUGUUGAACAAGCUGAUCCAGACCCUGCCAGAGUUCUCUGCUAAACCCACCAAGGAGACCCUGCUGCAGCUGCUGCCCUUCUGCCUGGACAUUCCAGUGGCCAGCGAGGGGAGCAGUAAGACGGCCCGGUCCAAAUCCUCGUCAAGCUUCCCCAUACUUGGGCGCAGCCACAACCAGGAGGGCCGCAACCUAGAGCCCCAGAGCGGCGACCUCUAACUUUUACCCACUGACCUGUGACCUCUGACCUCUUCUUUGAUUGGAUUAAACAGAAGAGUUUGUUGGUGCUCCUCCUGGAUGGAUUAUGAGCCAUAGAGAGGGACAGCAUGACAGUGAAGGCUAUGCAGGCGAGAGGCAUGACACUGCUCCUCCUUUAGGCUUUCUACAGGUUUCCAACAGCAGGACAUUAUAUCCUCCCUCUCUGGGAUCUACAGAGGCAGACUCUUCCUUCUCUCUGACCCUGCCUGAAGAUUUACUUAAAGACCACACGUGGAAUAGCUGGGUCUACAACAGACAUUGAACCAAGAUGGGGGGGACUGUUUCCUAAUUUUACUCAGAUUUGUAGUGAAACUGUAUCAUGGUCAUGGUGCCUCAGUGUUUUCUAGCUUUUUUGCAGUGAGGGGAGGGGACAUAUAGAAAUGUGUUCUUUAUACAAUGUUUUUUUCUUGGCGAAUGUCAGCAUUUUGGUGCCAUUUUUGAUUUUGACAUCAUCCCUUUACCUGACAUUAGCCAAAGAGAUGGGCGUUCAUCUUUUAUAUUUCUGUUACCAAACUGUUACCAUACGAUAAUCUGUACAAUGUCAUAUUCCAUCACACAAUUUAAGGAUUUUAUCAAUGCAAAUAAGUCUGCUGGAUUGACUAUCCAGCUGUUCCAAUGAUUGUGAACUGAAUGUAACUUAGCAGGAGACUUAACAGUGAAUAGAUCGUAGAUGAACGCUUGAAGAGAAGCUUGAUCAAGUGCAUGAAACGUGUACACUGCUUUAACUUAAAUACAUACAGUACAUAUUACUCAAGAAUAGAGAUUACUGGACUUGGAAAGAAAAUAAGAGAUUACUUGGCAAAUAUUUGAUGGAAGUUGUUCUUGUGACUGCCCCCAGUCAGCUGUCCAAUCAGAACUGUUAAAAUAAGACGUAAACAGGAAGUAGCAGAUGAUAACCUAGAAUGUAAAUCAGUUUGUACACAUCAAUAAUAUGAUCAAAUUAUAAAAUUAUUACCACUCUUCUUUUGAAGCACAAUAAUCAAGUAUUAAUGAUAAACAAUAAACAUUUUUCAUUAACUACGACAAACGGUGCUGGUGUUACAUAUUGUAUGUUAAACAUUUAAUGGAGAAACAGUUAUCAUAAUGUCUGCAAUCAUGGACCCUGGUUAGACACAACAAAACGCUCAAUUGAUCUAUUCUUUCUACUCAGGCGUUAAGCGAUGUUAUCCCGGCCACUCUUUUACAGUACCAGAGAGGAGGAUGUCGUCUUUGCCACUACUAAACCAAGGUUAAUUAUUGUUCCUGUCACAUGGCUAGGACCAGGAGUUUUCCCCAGACCAUGUGACCUGACCUGGAGAAACUCCGGACCCUAGUUGUAGGCUGUAACUAGAGCCCAGAGUGUUUCCUGGUCAUUUAAUUUCUAAGACUGAGAGGGUUUGCCUGUCAGAUCACAUGGUCAGGAGAAGGAAAAACGCCUGGCCUUCCACAGCACUCCUAUCUUUAGAGGGCUUCUCUUGUACCUUCUUUCCUAGCUUUUAGCCCAACAGUCUGCCUUACAUCACUGUCAGUGGCACAGAGAGACUAAUGAAUAAAGGGGUUCAUACUGUA